AUGCAGACAGAUCCACUGUAUGGUACCAAUAAAGGCUGUCCUCCUCUUGUUGUAAUCCAAAAAGUUUUUCAUUAUCUGAAACAUGUACGUUUUAUAGCCAGUGGAGGUGAAGAGUUGUUUUUUGACCAAUACGGUGACCCACCACCUCGAUUUGACAUAAUGAACUGGCAGAUUUCUUCAGAUGGCAUCAGCAAGUUUGUCAGGGUAGGCACCUUGGAUGAUGACGGUCAUGGAGGGCAGCUUGUUGUAAAUAACAGUGCCAUUCAGUGGAAUGAAGCAUUCAGUCAUGCACCAACCUCUGUCUGCACUGAAAGUUGUUUAUCUGGAUUCUGGAAAGCUAUAGAAAGGGGAGAACCCAUCUGCUGCUUCAAAUGUGUCCCCUGUUCAAAAGGAGAGAUCAGUAAUACAACUGAUGCCACUGAAUGCAUUAAAUGUCCAGAAGAUCAUUGGUCUGAAAACAGUCAUUUGAAAUGCAUUGCAAAAGAUGUUGAAUUUUUAUCCUUUGAAGAACCACUUGGAAUAACUUUAUCAGCCAUAUCAACAUCAUUUAGUUUUAUCACCAUGUCAAUAUUCUGCAUCUUCCUUAAGAAUCGUGAUACUCCAAUUGUGAAAGCAAACAAUCGUGAACUGAGCUUUCUUCUCCUGCUGUCACUGACAUUAUGUUUCCUAUGUUCCUUGGUAUUUAUUGGUAAACCACUGAAGUUCACCUGUAUGCUCCGCCAACCUGCAUUUGGGAUAAUAUUUUCCCUAUGUGUAUCUGCUAUAUUAGCAAAAACAGCCACUGUGGUUAUUGCUUUCAGUGCCACAAAGCCCAACAGUAAGUUACAAAAAUGGGUUGGGUCAAAGACUCCUCUCUUGAUAGUUAUUGUCUGCACUAGUGUUCAAAUGCUCAUAUGCACUUGCUGGGUAGCUUUACAUCCCUCUUUUCCACAGAUGAACAUGGCAUCUCAAGAAACCAAAAUUAUAAACGAAUGUAAUGAAGGCUCUAUAACUGCUUUCUAUGUUGUUCUCGGAUACCUUGGCAUUUUGGCAACAGUGAGUUUCACUGUAGCCUUUUUUGCAAGGAAACUACCUGACAGCUUCAAUGAGGCCAAAUUCAUCACUUUUAGCAUGAUUGUAUUUUGUAGCGUUUGGCUGUGUUUUAUUCCAGCCUACCUGAGCACUAAAGGAAAGUAUACAGUUGCUGUAGAAAUAUUUGCCAUAGUGGCAUCUAGUAUGGGACUGCUUGGCUGCAUAUUUUUCCAUAAGUGCUAUAUUAUAGUACUAAAAGCCGAACUAAACACAAGGGAGCAUUUGAUAGGGAAGAGAGCUGUUAAAUAA